UUUGAAUCAGUGACGGUGUAACUAUCACUGUUCGACUGCGCGGCUUCUCGAGGCGAGUCACGCUAUUUAACAAUAAUACAAUUCCUUUUCAUACCCAUUAUGAUUAUUGUCGGGUGAAGAAAAUUAAAAAAGUGUUUCAGGCCACUGGCAGACAAGUUUUUGAAUAUAUAAAAUACAGACAUCACGAAAGUUUUCAUUUUAAUUGUUCUUAUUGUAAUUUUCUGCAGAAAUUACAGUUGAGUUCCGUGCGGGGUGGUUUUAUUUCUCCGACGAAAAAUUAGAUAUUUCCUUCAGAUACAAACACACACGCUGUUUUUUUUUCUUCCUUUUAUUUCUGAUGGACUGAAAGACGCUGAAAGAAAGCAGUGAAUUGACUUUUGGACAAGAAUUUGAUCCCAAAUAUACAGACAAAAUAAAUAAAACCAAAAUUGCUGUGCAGAGUUGGAGGUGGCAAAAAGUGGGGUUGUUUUUGCAAAAGAACAUUUUGCCGGGUUUUUUUCCACUGAUUUGAAAAAAUACAAGAAGAAGAAAAAGAACCAGUACUGAUAAGAAAUUAUCCAAAAUUUCUAAUUACCAAGCAUUUUCUUCUUCUCCAUAUAUUUUCUUCGCGAGUGAAUAAUGUUGAGGGAGUAAUUUGCAUAUCAGUUCCGUGAUGAUUAAUGUGAUAGUGAACAGUGAAAUCCUUGUGUCUAGCCUGUCAACUGUAGUGUAAUUUAUGAAUAAUUUUGAUGAAAGUAAUUAUGUCACGAAGGAAGCAGUCGAAUCCGAAACCUCUGCUAAAAAGGGACGACGAAGACUACCAGGGCGAGGAGGGAGGCGGCGGGCUGCAGAGUGAUGGCCAGGCGUCUCCGUCCACCGAAGUGGGCCAGUCAGCAUCGCCCCUGAGUCACUCGGAGUCCCCACAGUCGCCCCGCUCUCCGUCAUGCAGCUCUCCGGCGCACUCGCCACACGAGCCGCCCGGAGACGCGGUGCCGGAGCGCCCCUCGCCGCCGGACAGCGCUUCGGAGGCCAACAGCGGACGCGAGACUCCGCUGCCGAAGCCCACUCUGCGACUCAACACGAAGCUGGCGUCGGAUCCGGCCCUGCAGCCCGAAGCCAAGGAUCUCAAGGACGCCAUCAGACUGAGCAGCGAAGACGAGAAGCCGGACAGAGACGAGGAGACGGAGAAGAAACUCACCAAGUCGCUCAAGGACAUCCGGAUGGAGAAGGUCAUCCACGCCACCAGGACGUCUCCUGUGGACGCUCUGCCCGCGGUGCCCAGGAUGCAGGUGUUCACCUGCGGUCCCUGCGGCAUCCGCUUCUCCUCCUUGUCCACGCUAGAGGCUCACCAGACCUACUACUGCUCCCAUCGCAAGGAGUCCGACGAUCCGGCGGUCAAGGGCAGCGCGGCCGCGGACUCGCCGGGGAAUCAGGAGCCGCCGGCGAAGGCGCUGCGGACUGGGAAGCAGUACGCCUGCAGCCAGUGCUCCUACUCGGCGGACAAGAAGGUGUCCCUGAACAGGCACAUGCGGAUGCACCAGACCUCCCCGGCGCCCAGCUCCACCACUUCCAACGGCGACGAGCCUCCUAGUCAGACGUCUCAGGUCGAUCGCUACUGCUCCGACUGCGACAUCCGCUUCUCCAGCACGAAGACCUACCGGGCGCACAAGCAGCACUACUGCAGCUCCAGGCACAGGGACGGGCAAAAUCUCAACCACGUUUCGUCCAAGCCUCCGUCUCUGGUCAAGGGCGGCUCUCAGAGUCCUCCGGAGAUCGCCAAGAGUCCUCCCACGGCCCAGCCUCAAGCCUACCUGGCCCUGCCUACCAAUCCCAUCGUGAUAGUGCCCUGCUCCGUGAUCCGCGGCGCCAGUCUCCUGCCUGGGCCGCUCACGUCGCUCGCGCAGAACGUUGCGAAUCCCGAAGCGACGUGCUUCCUGCUGCAGAACGGCGCCCUGACGCCCAUCGCCCAGGCUCUUUCCGUGCAGGCGCCCAUUCCCAACCAGCCGCCCUCCAGGGGCCCCACGCCGGCGGCGGAGAAGGACAACGGCGUGGCCAUUCCGGACGUCUUGCGCGUGGUGAACAAGAAGGAGCACCAGCAGCCGCGCGACCCAACCAUCCCGCUUGAUCUCUCAGUCCGCAGACUGCCCGCGUCCAGAGACCGCUCGCAAUCCUUCUCCUCGGUCGCCUCGGCCGACGCCAGCAGCCGCGCCGACGGCGACGGGAGCGCCGAAGGCAAGGAGAACGUCUCCGUGGGCAGCGACUCGCUCACUCCCGAGCAGAUCGUCUGCGCGCCCUCGCUUCCCGGCAGUCCGCCACUCACUCCGUCGCCCAAGCGGCGCUCCAACAGCCCUCGCGGCGGCAGCAUCUCCGUCUCGCCCAACUCCAUCCUCAUGCGGCCUCUGCUGCCGGCCGAACUGGCGCCGCAGGUGCUCGUGCGGCUCAACAGCGAGGCCGUGCUGCCGCCGCUCGUGCCCGGCCCCAGUCCCGGGGCCCAGGCCGCCGCGGCGCCGCUGCCGCCGCAGAUCUUCGUGAAGCAGGGCGUGUCCAAGUGCAAGGAGUGCAACAUCGUGUUCUGCAAGUACGAGAACUACUUGGCACACAAGAAGCACUACUGCUCGGCGCGCAACCUGGACGAUCCCGAGGGCGCCAAGGUGAGUCCGCCCGUGAGUCCCACGGCCACGAGUCCGCUGGCGCAGACCGGGCCGCAGACGGCCGGCGGGCUGGCCUACCAGCAGCUCAUCUGCGCCGCGUGCGGCAUCAAGUUCACCUCUCUGGACAACCUCAGCGCCCACCAGAUGUACUACUGCCCCAAGAGGGUGGAGCUGGCCGUUCAGCAAUCGCUGAUCCAGAAAGAUCGCUGCGCCAAGUGCAAGAUUGUCCACGAUCCCAACAUUCCCUGUCCGGCGUCACAUAGCUCGGGCGCCACGAGCGGCGGCUACAAGUGCCCCAUUUGCGAUGUCGUGAGCACGAACGCGGCGGAGUCGCGCCGCCACAUGGAGACACACGGCGGCGUGAAGGCGUUCAGGUGCUCCAUCUGUCGCUACAAGGGCAACACACUGCGCGGCAUGCGGACGCACAUCAGGAUGCACUUCGAGAAGAAGACGACGGACUUCAACGAGGAGAACUACAUCACGUGCAUCCUGGAGGAGGACGGCGUGGAAAUUCCACCGGCGGCGCAGAUCAAUCCCGAAACGCUGCAGCCGCAGAUGCACUCGUGCGACCUCUGCAACUACUCCUCCAGCUACAAAGGCAACGUGGUGCGACACAUAAAAUUAGUGCACUCGCAGUCGAAUCAUCAGUCAAUCUCGCCGAGCAUUGGAGAGGGAGGCGAGAGCUUAAUCCACAACGGCAACAGUGCAGAUCUCUCUGGCGCUUCCAUCAAGAUCACCCUGCCGCCGACCAACACUUCCCGACCGUCGAGCCAAGUUUCCGUGUCGGUGAAAAUCGAGCCCGAGCAGGACAAGACUGAGGAGCCAGAGCUCGUGAUUGACGACAGCGAUGUUGUGGUGAAAGUGGAGGCGAGCGAGCGCUCUGAGACACCUUUGGGGCCACCGGCGCCGCCCAAGACACCCUCGCCGGACGACUCAUUGCUGACCGGCGGGCCGAAGUACUGCAAAGUGUGCGACAUUCGCUUCAACUAUCUCAACACCUUCAUUGCCCACAAGAAAUUCUACUGCAAGGGCAACUCCGUGGACAGCAUUCUGCCGGAGAGGAUCUCCGAGGCCAACAGCGCCAGUCCCAAGGCGUCACCGGCCUCGCCGGCGCCCGCCGUCGUCACGACGUCUGUGCUCUAA